CAUCACCUCCUCACCAAACUCCACAGCGACUCCAAAUCUCUCGUGGUAGACAGCUUCCAUCUCAUCUCCGGCGAUGUCUGGGCGUGGCAAGGGCGGCAAGGGGCUCGGCAAGGGCGGCGCCAAGCGCCACCGGAAGGUGCUCCGGGACAACAUCCAGGGCAUCACCAAGCCGGCGAUCCGGAGGCUGGCCAGGAGGGGCGGUGUGAAGCGCAUCUCGGGGCUCAUCUACGAGGAGACCCGCGGCGUCCUCAAGAUCUUCCUCGAGAACGUCAUCCGCGACGCCGUCACCUACACCGAGCACGCCCGCCGCAAGACCGUCACCGCCAUGGACGUCGUGUACGCCCUCAAGCGCCAGGGCCGCACCCUCUACGGCUUCGGCGGCUGAGCGCCAUCAGCGCGCUGCCGCUGGCUGACACUGCUGUUUCCUGCUUUGCUCUGUAGUCUUACUCCCCCCCGUCGUGAAUCCAGUGCGCUGGCUAUGCUUGUUUCUGUAGUUUGUCUAGUGAGAUCCAACUUCUAGUUGUAACUCCUAUCGUUUCGUUUCGCUGCAAUGAAAAGUUAAUUCCAAUCUGAGAAAAA